AUGGCGAAGCACAGUGUUGCCAGAAGAGUCCUGGGUGCUCAGAAGGGCUUUUACUUCCCUUCUGGUGCCAUCAUUCCCGAUCGCGAUGCCGUCCGUCAGAUCAUGGACGCUGUUGUCCCUGGCGACUGGCAGACUGCCAAGGAAGACCAGUUUGACGACUUACGCCAGGAGAUGUACACCGCCCUGCUUCAGAUAUUCCAUUGCCUCUUCGACCAUGUUGAUCUCUACGGCGCCCUUCGCGGCCACGAGGCGUUCUACUCUACCAUCGCCUCGAAGAUCACGACCAAGGGCGACUUGAACGGCGAUCUCAUCCGAGUGCUUGAGCGGACUUACACUGCUGCCCGCCGCCGAUACACAGGCAUGCCUAAAGACACCGACCUCAACCACGCCGUUGACGUCUGGAUUCAAAUCCAGGAUACCUUUGCUGGUAUUCCCGCUCCGCAGACCAUCUCGCUCGCGACCCGACCCAACGAUCUCGGUGCUCUCACGGCUCAGCUUCAAGGUACCAGCAUCACCGGUGCCGAUGCCAAUGCCUCUAUUUGGCCUCCCGCCCACUUUCUGCCUCAAGACAUUGGAGUUAUCUCGUCCAAGGACUUACGCUCUCUUCUCUACGGUAGAACCACCCAGAAUCCCGGCCAGAUGCCUCCCCUCCCUACCAAGUACACCCUCCCCCUCGAAGUCCGAGGCUUCCUCUGUGCCCUUGCGCUCGGAAGCUUUCAGCCCACCAGCGUCUGGCAGCUUGCUCUCAACCCCGUCGCUCAGUUUCAAGACUUCAACGACCGUCGUCUUUGGGCGAAGGCUACCGGUGACGAGUCCAUGUACUGCUUCACCACCGACGCCUAUGUGAAGAGAGCUAUGGACGACUUCGCAUCCGGCAAGUCUAUCUCUGUCGCCCUGCUGACCCCUUGGUUUGGCCGCCCCUGGGGCUCCGUUCCCUCCAUUGAUUCGCUUCCUGGAGGCUCUGCUGGUCAGACUCAGCAACAGCUCUGGUCUGGUAUUUGCCCUCGCAUGGGCUUUGGACUUGCUAUCCACAAAAUCGGCGGCAACGACCUUGAGCUCGUGCUCUUCGACCCCAUUCGCCUUUACAACCACAUCAAGAAUGACCAGCUCGUCAAGGCCAACCAGAUGGCCAUCUUCCGCUUCCGACAGACCAUCCAGGAGAAGGUGCAGAGCGCCAUCCACGCUGCGGGUGGACGGUUGAUCCGUGUUUGGUACGGAGGAUACAUGACUAUCCACAGCGAUGCCGACAGCGUCGAGCUCGCCAGCGAGUGGGUUCGUCAGCUCGUCGUCGCUGGUGGUCCUGGUCAAGAUCCCUUGGCCGUCGACGAUGCCACCUGGGCCCAGUCUGGCUUCGAGUUGAUUGAAAUGUAA